UAUGUCUUAUUCUUGUUUCUCCUGUUUAUUUUCCUAAUACAAAACAUAAAACAAACAAUUUAAGUUAAUAUAAAACAUUGAUAAAAAAUUUUUACACACAUUUUAUAGCUACGAUUAAAAAAUAAAAAUGGCAAAACAUCAUCCAGAUUUAAUUUUUUGUAGAAAACAGCCCGGAGUUGCUAUCGGACGCCUUUGUGAAAAGUGUGAUGGAAAGUGUGUAAUAUGCGACUCAUAUGUUAGACCUUGCACCUUAGUUCGAAUUUGUGACGAAUGCAAUUAUGGAUCAUAUCAAGGUAGAUGUGUUAUUUGUGGUGGUCCUGGUGUUUCUGAUGCUUAUUAUUGCAAAGAAUGUACAAUACAAGAAAAAGAUCGGGAUGGUUGCCCGAAAAUUGUUAAUUUGGGAAGCUCUAAAACGGACUUAUUUUAUGAAAGAAAAAAAUAUGGUUUUAAGCAAAGCUAUUAACCAUGUCUCAUGGUUUCGGAUAAUUCAAGUUGGUUUUUCUUCUACAUUUCUAAUUUUGUACUCUGCGGCAAAAAAAUGAGAUCUUAAAAUAAUUUGUGAAAAAAAUAAAAAUUUAAGAUAAAAAUAAA